GCUGCGGGUGGGGCAUGGAGCCGCACGGGCCGGCCGAGCGGGCGGCGGUGGGGGCGGUGCUGACGCUGCUGCCGCUGCUGACGGCGGCGGGCAACGGGCUGGUGGUGGCGGCCGUCUGCUGCGUGAAGAAGCUCCGCCAGCCCGCCAACUACCUCAUCGUGUCGCUGGCCCUGGCCGACCUGUCGGUGGCCGUGGCCGUCAUGCCCUUCGUCAGCGUCACCGACCUCAUCGGCGGCCGCUGGGUCUUCGGGCGCCUCUUCUGCAACGUCUUCAUCGCCCUCGACGUCACCUGCUGCACCGCCUCCAUCCUCACCCUCUGCCUCAUCAGCGUCGACAGGUACCUUGGGAUCACCAGACCUCUGACCUAUCCUGUGAGGCAGAACGGACAGUGUAUGGCCAGGAUGAUUCUGUGCGUGUGGCUACUCUCCGCCUCCCUCACCCUCCCACCGCUCUUCGGCUGGGCCCAAAACGUGAACGACGAUAAAGUCUGCUUAAUCAGCCAAGACUUCGGCUACACCAUUUACUCCACUGCCGUGGCCUUCUACAUCCCACUGUCAGUGAUGCUUUUCAUGUACUACCGAAUCUACAAGGCCGCCAAGCGCAGCGCGGCCAAGCACCACUUUGUCGGCUUCCCGCGAGCCGACGAGCCCGGCGGCGAGAUCGCUGCCAAUGGCCGCCUGCAGGGCCGCCAGGAGUCCGAAGAAUGCAUACACUUCUCUAGGCUCAUUAAGCACGAGAGGAAGAACAUUUCCAUCUUCAAAAAGGAGCAGAAAGCGGCCACCACCUUGGGGAUUAUCGUGGGGGCCUUCACCGUCUGCUGGCUGCCGUUUUUCAUGCUGUCCACGGCCAGGCCCUUCAUCUGCGGUACGGCGUGCAGCUGCAUCCCCUUGUGGGUGGAGAGAACGUGCCUCUGGCUGGGAUACGCCAACUCCCUCAUUAACCCUUUUAUAUACGCCUUCUUCAACCGGGACCUGAGGACCACGUACCGAAACCUGCUCCAGUGCCGCUACAAAAACAUCAACCGGAAGCUCUCGGCCGCGGGGAUGCACGAGGCGCUCAGGCUAGCCGAGAGGCCGGAACUUGUGCUCACAAAGACAAUUUUAUUUGAUGCCCCAAAAUACUUGUCCAACAUCUCUAGGAUUUUCUGAAGCCCAGGACACCCUACAAAACUCUGACUCCUCAAGGAAAAAAAGUCAUGACUCAUGAGCCAAAUCAGAAUGAUGCCUUCCACAGCAGACAAGGCAAUACAGAGGAGGGACAAGAACAAAGACCCAGGCGCAGAAGAUGUUUCUGGGCUGGAGGCACUGCCACUGCUGUCUCUGGAAGGGACUGGUCAAAAGCUGCCUGACUUGGUGUGACCCAGUCCAUGCUAUGGGAAGGAUAACAGCGAGGGAUUCUGUCUCUUAUUUUGCAAAGGACCAACGCUAUUGUAAAUGAAUGAAAAGAAUUUUCUCCUGAAGAAGGCCAGACCAUUUCAGCCAUAAGCACAUUAACACUCAUACAACCAAAUCUUGGACUGGAGAAACACCAUUUAAACUUUUCCAUCCUUCUAAAUCCAGAAGGGGGAAGAAAAAUCCUGUCUUUUGUGCCCCUGACCCCCUCCCACUUGUGAAUCCAGACAUUAUUAUCCAGAGAGCAUCUGUGAGUCAGAAAAAAAAUUGUGCUGUUUUGGAGAAUGAUAUUUCUCUAGUAAAUGGUGGUAAAAUGUACACUUAAAUUUGUGUUAAAAAUCCUGUCUGUCAAAGUGAAGUCAGUAGUCAGCAUUGCAAAAUGAUGGUCCCAGGGCAGGGCCCAGGGCAAACCUGUCUUUACCCAGAGUUCCUUUAUCUUUCAGAGAAAAAGAUAUUCUCGCUGACCCACUCUCCAUGUUUUAGGUAGUGGGGAUGGAUUUUACAGCAGAGCAAACCGGAAAAUAUGCUAGUUGUCCAACUUCUUCCAAAAGAUGUGGGGAAUUUCAGGGGACUCUGGAAACCUUGGACUGCAAAGAGCCAUUGAAAUACACUGAUUUACCACAGGACUAUUUGGGACAGAGGGUAUGAGCAUUUGAGGCGGGCGGUACCUACUAAGCCACACAACAAUCAGAAGCAGUGGAGGGGAGACUUAGGCCCAUUCUCAAUGGUUCAGGGAAGGGAGUCUGGGUGUCUUCCUCUUUCAUUUUCAAUUGUCUUGUCUUAUGCCAUCGAGUCGUCUCUGACCCAUAGCGACUCCAUGGACACAUCUCUUCCAGGACCCUCCACCUGCAUCUGCAAUUGUUUCUGGUAGUGUAUCCAUAGAGUUUUCUUGGUAAAAAUACAGAAGUGGUUAACCAUUGCCUUCUUA